AAAAAAAAAUAAAAAUAAAAAUAAGAAGAAUUUCCCCACAUUUAUAUGUAACACUUUCACAUGAAUUUCAUUAAUUUAAUCCCGCACUAAAAACUAUUCUUUGAUUUCAUAUUGAAGAUGUAGUACAAUGGCAUGAAGAACAAGGUAACCUGUUCUCUUACUUAUCCAAUCAAAAAGAAUGCGCGUAUUUAAAAGAAACGCGUAUAUCCAGUUGAAAAAAAAAAUUUUUUUUUCUUAAUUAUUUAUCUCAGUAUGACAAAGCGAACACUUGAAGAAAGCGAUUCAGACACUAUAGUCAGCACACCUCAAAAAUUAGCAAAAACCUUGCAUAAUUCAAGUCAAGUAUUAGAUCGAUCAGAAGUUCACAGACUCCUACUUGCUCGUCUGAACGGAAUCCAACUUCCUGCACGACUCCCAGGACUUGAGAACGAAUACAACACACUCUACAAACUUUUAAGACAGACAAUAACAAAAGGCGAGAGCAACUCAUGUUUAUUGAUUGGCAAUCGAGGCACAGGCAAAUCUGUCCUUGUUCGUUCUGUGUUGCGCGAUCUUGAACAGAGAGCACAAGAAUUUUGUGUUGUCAAACUCAAUGGCUUGACAGAAACAACAGACAGACUUGCCCUGAACGAGAUUGCUCGUCAGUUAGCGUUGGAAGACGAAGCUGAUCGAACAUUUACAACAUUUGCAGAUUCAUUUGACUAUUUACUCUCUUUAUUGAAAUCAGGCAACAAGACAUCGUUGCCUGUCGUGUUUAUCUUGGACGAAUUUGAUCUGUUUGCUGAUCAUCCUAAACAAGCCUUACUUUAUAACCUUUUUGAUGCAGCACAGAGCGCACAGAAUCCCAUGGCUGUCAUUGGCUUGACAUGUCGUAUUGAUACCCUAGAUUUACUUGAGAAGCGAGUCAAGUCUCGUUUCUCUCAUCGACAGAUCUAUCUUUUCCCUUCUUCUAGCUUUGGCCAGUUUAUAGAGAUAGCAAAAGAAACAUUAACGCUACCAGAGACAUGUCAGGGACAUCACGGGUUCAAUAAAGCAUUAGAUCGCUUAUUUCAAGACCCAACAGUCAAUGGUAUUCUUCGACGUAUCUUUGAUUUAUCUAAAGAUAUUCGCAUGUUUCAUAAACUAUGUUUUUAUCCAGUAUGUCGCAUGCUUACCACACCACCUUAUUUAUCGACAGAAGACUUUGUUGAAUCCAGUUUGAUUCAAAGAGCAGAUUCCAAAACAGAGCUCUUAAAGGGUAUUGCCUUACUUGAAAUGGUCUUAAUUAUCAGUAUGAAGAAACUAUUAGAAAAGGAUAUCUCUACUUUUAACUUUCAAAUGGUCUAUGAUGAAUACAAAGAAUUCGCAAACAAUGCUCAAAUCAAGAGUCAAACAACGGGUAUUAGACUAUAUAAAAGAGCAGUGGCAUUAAAGGCAUUUGAAAACCUACAAUUGUUUGAAUUAGUGUAUCCUAUUGACGUGGCUGGAAAGUGUCCAAAAGAAUACCGUAUGGUUAAGUUAAUGAUGGAACCUGCCCAAGUGACAGAAGCUGUCUUAAAACAUAAUUGCCCAGACAUCGUCAAGAAAUGGGGUGUAGGCAUGAUUUGAAUAAUUUUUUUUUGUUGCCCGCUGUGGCCUGAUUAAAAUUGGCAAGCGAUAUGAUAUAAGAGAGGGGGGAGCCAAG